GCGCGCGGGCAGUGACGCCGGCUCAGUGCAACUCUGCGCGAGUGGAGCAACUUUGGCUCCAGCUAACCGCCACAUCUCCCGCCGUUUAACGCAUUUUAUUCAUGUCAGCCGGCCGUGGAGGAAUAUGAACCGCAGCAGAGGACCGUAAGCGGCCAAACAGGUGCGCUGGUUUCGGGGUCUGCCUCCUGUUUGUGAGUCUUUUUCUCUUGAAAGCGAGCAGCUACGCAGAGCACGCCCUCACUGACAGACCGCGGGAAAAUGUCGUUACUUCCUGUGCAGUGAAGUCUUGGCGCGACAUUACGGUUGUAAACAACAGAGAGAGGACACGAAACAGCAAGACAACACGAGGUCCUUUAGGAACUCAGCCACAUCCCUGCAAUAAUGGACAACGUUGACAUGAAUGAUGCCUCUGGCCUCUUGGUACAUGAUGCCAAUGAAGAUUCUUUGGAUAUCUACGACGGUCUGGAUGUCUGUUCGAGCAGCACUGCAGAGAAGUCUCCUCCGAAUGCUUCUCAGCUGAAAGAGUCGAUGGACCUUUAUGAAGAAAUCGUCACAGAGGAACAGCAGAGCAGAGAGUCAACGUACCUUGAGUUGGAGUCCAGAUUCCAAGCAGCUCAGAACCAAAUUAAAGAGCUCCGCAGGAGACUGGAGCAGAUGGAGAUGCAGAACACUGGGCUGAACACGGAGAACCACCGUCUGAAAAAGAACAUCUCUGCACUCUUACGAACAGCUAGACAGGAAGUGACACGAAAAGAUGCUGAGAUUCAGAGACUGAACCAGUGGUCACAGAAAGGUCAUCAUCAUCAAUCUUACAACAAUAAUAGGUGGGAUCAUAAUUCAUCCAGCCGGACCUCCAUGGGCAGCUCCAAGAGUAGGCCUCCUCCUCCACCACCCUCCAGUGCUCGGCCUCCUCCUCCACCACCCUCCAGUGCUCGGCCUCCUCCUCCACCACCAUCCAGUGCUCUGCCUCCUCCACCACCAUCCAGUGCUCUGCCUCCUCUUCCUCCUCCUCCACCAUUUGGUCUUCCUCCCCCUCUUCCUCCUCUACUAGCUUCACCUCCCAGGGGGGAUCAUCCUCCACGGGAACCUCCUCAACCUUCCAGGAAGGAGAGCAAUAGUUCCUCCUGUCAGGUCAGCGGAUCUUCGGUUGAGACGAGAGCUUCAAAAGUGUCAUCUCACAGUAAUUUAAAAAGUUCCUCGAGAGGAGAUUGUGAUGUACCUGACAAACAGGCAGAGCACUCUGUCAGCAAAUCCAGCAGCUGUUCAUCAACACGACACAGUGAGUCAGACAAACACAAGUCCAAGCACAGAGAGGAAAAAUGUCAGAAAGUAUCUGAAUCAACAGAUCGGAGACAUAGAACUGGUUCAGAUCCUGAGAAAAGCAGGUUGCACAAAGCAGACCGAGACAUGGGGCGGAGACAUGACUCCAAGUCAUGUAAGAGCAGGAGCUACCUAAAUGCUGAGCACCACAGAUCAGAGAGGACCAAAAGCCCUCCUCCAGAGAUUUUAUACAGUUCAGCCUCCUCUGAUGACAAGAAAGGGAGAAAUCGAGAACAGAGACAAGACAAAGGCAAAACAUCCACACCAGACUCUGAACACAGCGCAGCUCACAGCUCUAAAGACGGUUACAGCCGAGAUCAUAGAAGAAACAAGACUAGUGAUGGACACAUCAGAAGAUCAGACUCAAAGGACCGCAAAAAGUCCUCUUCAAACAAACAUGCUGAAGGAUACAGGGACUCCUCCAAAGAGAGGGAAGGGGACAGACUGUCAAAGGACUAUCAAAGAAAGGAGGACAGACAACGUGAAGAUGAGAACAACAGAAAGCAUAAGUGGAGCAGUUUGUCAGAGACGAGCAGAGAACGUGAGAAACAGAGAUUAAAAGAAUCAGACCAACCUAAAGUUGAUGUCUGUAGUAAGGAAAGAAAAGAAAAGACACAAGAGGCCUUAAAAAAGUCAUCUGAAGAACCAAAUGUCACAGAGAAAAGCUCUGUGGAGGAAAACAGUCCAAACAGGAAGCUGUGCUUCAUGGAAACGUUAAAUCUAACCCUUUCACCCAUUAAGAAGCCAGCAUUGCCCAUGGAUGCGAGCCAGGAUGACCUUAAACUAGCAGACAAGCGGGUUGAAAGCAGUCCAGACAAUGAGAGUUCACAACCCAACGUCGAGGACAUGUGUGUGAUUGAUGAAGUAAACAGCAGUGAACAAGAAGCAGGGUUGGAAGAUGUUGCAGAGCAAUCACCAGAUACAUCCAAAACUCCACAAUCAGAGAAGACGCAGGUGAGGUGUGAAGAUGUGAAAGAUGUCCAAGAAGACAAAAAUGAAGUGAAAAGUGAAGCUCCUGCAGCUGAUGAGCAACUUGAAGACCACUCAGUCCAGACUACCUCAGCUCAUAGCCGACCCCUAGAUACUGCAGAGAAUCAGCCCACUGUGCAGAUAACACAAGGAUCACCAGAGAGAAGUUCUUUAAAAGCAACAGAUGCAGACAAAACCAAACUGGUUUCAGACAGCCAAGAAGAUGAAUGUGGACCUCUCCAGGCUACAGAUGUUGCCAGUGACACCCCUGAAAGCAAAUCUGGGCAACACACAGGCAACACUUUACAGAAAGUAAACCCUGGAAAUGAUACUGACCUGUCUGCUGCUGUGACCAAACCUGUUGUGCUUGAUUCAAGCAUAGAACUGAAAUGUGCAGUGCUGAAAACUGCAGAACAGAAAAGCCCGGAUUCAGUCAAAGAAGUUACAGCUGCUUCACCGCCAAGGGCUGGAGAUGUAUCCGACAAGACAAGACCCCAAAACAAGCAAACGUCACCCACUAUCCUACCUCAGGACUGUCAGCAAGGAUCGUGUCCCCCUGCUUCCAGUUCCAUUCACGAGAAAGAUGCUCGUCCUUUGGAAGAUGGUCCUAAAGAUGCAGACACUGUGUCCAGUACAAUAAGCCUGGAAUCACUUCCACAAGAGGGGCUGAGCCUUUCAGAGGCUAUUUACGUUUUAACUCAGACGAGCGAAGAUGCAGACGACAGCAGCAGCAUCACGGCCGAGCCGAGUUCCUCCACCGGCUGCAUUGCUGUGUCCAAAGUCAGCAGUACAACAGAGGAGAGCAUGCUGCCAGAGAAGUACAGCGACCUCACUGUAACACCGAAGAAGAACGUCUUUCCUGGAAAGAGUCAUGAGAAUAACUUUGAGCCUUCCAGCUCUGUGCCAUUACUCUAUGAUGAGGACUCCAUGAUGCGCACGCUUAGCAAUUUGAAGAGGAUCCCUGAUGCCAUCAGCCCUCUGAGAAGCCCAAUCCGGAUCACCAAGAGAAGUCAUCUCCAUGUUCAUGGCAAGCCAGGUCAUGUCAAGAGCCUUCAGAAAGAAUUCACCAGCCCUGUUGAUGCCAACUCGAAGAAGUUAGAUGUGAACAAAGAAAACAAAUAUCCGGGUUCUCCAGCAAACAACGAUUCGCAAAACUUGGUGGACAAAGUAUCCGACCUGCCUUCAAGCCUCUCUGACACUGAACUGGAAGAGGGGGAGAUUUUAAGUGAAAGUGAUGAGACAGCUGCAGAUUCUCCUGUUCCUGCAACCAAGAGGGCCAAGUUGGCACGACCAGUCAGAAAUAAACCAAGUUCUAAGACCUUGUUGAACAAGACCUCUAAAGAAAAGCCUGUUGAAACGACUGGUGUGUCAACACGAAGUCCAAAGAGUCGUUUUAAAACAGUUUGUCCUGCAGCAACCAAAGCCUCUUUUUCCACUAUAGAUGAAGUAAUGGAGACCUUCAAGCUGGUUCGUACCGAGAUCCGAAAAAAGUACAUGAAGCUUCAUAAAACCUUUCCCAAGAAGAGCUUCUAUGGUGUGAUGGACAAUUUCCAGGAGUCUUUUUUAGAAUUUGUGGAUGGUGCUCAUUUUGGUCAAAUUUGCAGUCAGGAAGUGGAGCUGAAGUCCAAGCUGAAGAAACUGAUUGUAUCUGUGUUUAGCAAAGUAUUAAAUAAUGGUAUUGUGAAACGCAUCUUUGAACAGCAAGCAGUUGAUCUGAAGCAAAAGUUGUGGGACUUUGUAGAUGUCCAAGUUGACUACUUGCUCAAGGAUGUUUGCACAGUACUGAAGAGCCUUUGCAAGCCAACAAAAGCUCCAGCCGAGGACAGUAAGCCCAGUGGAAAUGAGACAAUAUCUAGAAAGCCUUCUGCAAAGAAGCCACAAUGUCAACAAAAGACUGCACAAUCUGCUCCGACCAACCUAAUUCGACUCAAACCUCGUGCUGUGGCACCUUACAAAACAGGCCUCGGAAGCAGAGGCAAAGAUAUCCGAAUUACACACACGGACAAAGACAGGAAUGUUGACCCUCAUCCAACAAAUGUCCCAAAUCCACAAACUGUGGACGACUUCCUUCCUCCUAAAACUGUUAAUUCAACUCCAGAGAAAACUAGCGUAUCGUCUUUGGUGGUCUCUCAAAAUGGCUCUUUGCUUGACAGAACUGACUUUGAACUGCUCACAGAGCAGCAAGCCUCCAGUUUAACCUUCAACCUGGUGAGAGACACUCAAAUGGGAGAAAUCUUCAAGUGUCUCCUGCAAGGUUCUGACUUACUGGAGUCCAGUGGCAUCACUGGAGACAACACAACCUGGUCCCUUGGUACACCAAGGAAGGAUGGCGAGAGACUCAUCAGCAUCACCACCCCAACUAAAUUUGACUCUCCAUCUAAACUGCUUUCCCCAACAAAAUUCGAAACCCCCUCCAAACUUAUCGCAACAUGGUCUAGCAUUUCACCUCGCAAGAUGUCGUCUCCGCGAUCCAAAGAUCAGAUCCUGAAUCCAGCUUUAUUUGAUGAAAGUUGCUUGUUAGAAGUGCCGUCAGAGAACAGAGCGAUGUUGCAGUCCAGCUUGGCUUCACAGAGGACAUAUUCCAUUCUAGCUGAUGAUCUGGCAGUCUCUCUCACCAUUCCAUCGCCUCUCAAGUCAGACAGCCAUCUCAGUUUCCUUCAGCCAUCAAGCAUGCACAUCAUGUCUACUCCAGACAGUGUCAUCAGCGCUCACAUAAGUGAGGACGCUCUGAUGGAUGGGGAAGAUGCUACCGAACAGGACAUUCACCUGGCCCUUGACACUGACAACUCGAGCUGUGGCUCCAGCAGCAGCGUGGACUCGGAUCCACUUGCCACGCCGUUUGUGUUCAAACCUGAUCUGCCCAUGCAAGCGCUAGUGAUGGAGAGGUCCAACGACCACUUCAUCGUAAAGAUUCGUCAGGCAGCCACAGGCGUAGAUACCACGCUCACAGCUGACGACAGUUUAAGUCGAACACUAACAGAAGAAGACCAGCAGCAUGGAGAAGACAGUGAGACAGUUCAAGAAAGUCAAGCAAAAGCUGUUCCGUCUGACAGAUCACAGAAUCGUACUCCUUCAAAUGCUGUACCCUCAGAGAACCAUCUGUCUAACCAUGAGGAAAGCUCUGGGAUCUGUCAGGCUGCCACUGGGUCAGAUCUCACGCAACAAGAAAGCUUAACACUAACAAAAGAUCCACCCAGCAGAAAAGAAGUGAAAUCAUCUCAACGAAAUACCUCGAAAAAUUCACGGAAGCUGUCAAAGUCUCCGAAAAGUCUACCUGAAAUUACUUCAGAUAAUCAUUUGCACAGCAGUGCUCAAAGCGUGGAUCAAUCAGUCAGAAGAGAAAACAUGACAGACACUGCUGACAAGUGCAUAGGUCAAACAUGCCACACAGAAGAAGACAUCACAACUCAACAAAGUCCAUCAAAAGCUCUUUUGUCCAAGUCAGAUAACAGUCCACACCAACCUGCCGAAAGUGCCGAAACAAAUCAAAGCAGCCAAGUGUUGGAGUCACAUGUGUCAGCUUCAGCAAGAGGUGACAUGGAGGUGUCAGGAGGCCUCACCUUCACAAACAGCACCCCGGAGAAAGCUAGUAGUAGCAGUAAUAAACGCAAGAAGCAUCAAGAGAAAUCAAAAGCCAAGAGGUCCAGAAUGGAGGAAGAGGACAGCGCGGAGGAAAUGUUCUUUAACUGCAAGAAAGACGACAGUGAUUCCAGAUCCUCCCCAUCAUCUCUGUCCCCCAGCAGCCUCUAUGCCAAGAAUGUCAUCCGGAAGAAGGGCGAGGUGGUGAUGUCAUGGAGUAGAGAUGAAGAUCGAACUAUUCUGAUCGAGCUGAAGAUGAAAGGAGCUUCACGUGAGACUUUCUCUGCCUUGGCAGAGAAACUCAAUAAACCAUCAGGGCAGAUCGCUCACAGAUUCUAUCAGCUCAUGAAGCUUUUCAAGAAGCAGGAGAAGAUGGACACUUGAUCUCUGUGACUGUGUGCUUUGUUUUCUGCUAAAUAGUUCUUGUACUAGAACGUUUCCACACACACACAUAUUGUGCUGUUCAUGUGACCUGAUGCACGAAGACGUGACCGCAGGGGGAGGGGGGGCUGAGUCAUUACAAGUCCUCGUGGCUCACAGGAUCGAUCCUUACACAGGCUAUGCUAUCCAUCCCAGAUCUGGAGCAGUUUUAGCCAAACUGUUUUUCAAAGGAAGGUUGGACAUCCAGUCACUGUCUGUGAAGGGAUUCUGUUCUGGUUGUUGAAUUGUGCCUGUUCGAAGAGUUCAACGUGUGAAAAUAUCAAUUUUAGCAACUUUUCCUUAGCACAACUGAUAAGAUUGAUUGAUGUGAAUGGUGAAAUAUCCACUUAGUAAUAAUACAGUUAAUAUCAGUGUUAUUUGACGCACUUUUUGGUUUGGAACAAUCCACACUGCAGUCACUACACUGUGCUGGAUAUGUUCUUAUGCCUGCUCUUCUACAUGCUGUCUUUUCUCAGCUUUUGCAGAUAAAUAUUACAUUACAAAAAUGUUUCUCAGCAAGUCCUCAGCUUCGUCUUACGUCUAGUUCUAAACUUGGUUUUCUCACAGCAAUGAGAACAAACUGCCUUCAGACUUGGAUAAUUCCAGGUUCCAGUGCGAGUGCGCUCAGAUUCUCCUGAAUGAAGUGACAUUUUUAGUUCCUAAAAUAAGUGGACACUGACUGGAACAACUUGAUGGAUCACCUGUUGGUACAUCUGGAGUUCUGGGACUGAUCAAUUUCUCCCUUUUUAUUCUAGUUUUGUACGUGAUAUCUGGGAUUUUGUUUUAAUGGAUGUAUUUGUGUAUUGGGGAGUGGGGUGGGUGAUUGAUAUUUUUGAAGGUUAAUAUGUUUACAUGUCCGAGUCAUGUACAGGACAGGACAUUUAUCUCUGUUAAUAGAAAUGAAACCUUUUAUCUGUGGGCCUAAACGGCUUUAUGUUUGACUCAUCCUAUUGCUUCGAACUGCAUGGAAUGCAAUAUUGUGAAUAUUGUGCGGAAUUCUUUACUGAAAAUAAAGUUUUAUUUAUUUA